AUGACAAACCACGAAUAUACUGCCACUGAAGGACUUAUGGCACUAAUUAGAAAUAUUCAUAAUGGUGCUGCAGAAGGCACAGGAGUUCAGAGAUUAAUUUCGUUUGCCAAAAAUUUGAUAGGCCCCAAAUUACCUGAGACAAUUAUUACAUAUAAUAUUAAUCGACAGAAUAAUUUAUUUGGUGGAUAUCCAGAUCAUAGAGAUUAUGCACCAUCUAUUGUAUUUGCUGUUUUAUUUGGAGUGUUUAUUAUUUUUCAUACAAUAAUCCUUAUUAUCAACACUUCUCGAGGUCAUUAUUUUUACCUUUCUUUUGUUUGGAUUUUUUAUUGUAUAAUGAAGGUAAUUGGAUUUGCAACAAGAGCAGUAUGGAGUCUAGAUAUUACCAGAUUACAGUUGGGUUUAACCUCAGAAGUUUUCUUAAUUGUUUCCACCUUUGUUAUUGUUUCAGCAAAUUUAAUUUUGGCUCAAAGAUUGUUUACUUGGAGACAUCCUGUUGGAGGUUCUAGGAAAUUGUUUUGGUUUACCAUGAUGGCAUUAUAUUCUAUCGUCUGUGUUAUCAUUGCAAUCACAAUUUUAGCUUCUUUUGUUCCUUACUUAUAUUUCCUUAGUGAAAAAUCAUACCGUUCAUGGAUUCAUACUGUUCAAUUUACUGCAGUUUUAAUUAUUGCAUAUUGUUUUACAUCGGUAGCCUUGAUUGGUUUGAGUUUUUGGCUACCAACAAAGAAAGAUGAAAACAGGUACACAUACCAGCCAUGGUGGAUUGAAAGCUUUGCUCCGUUUUAUUUCGUCAAGAAAGGUGCAGCACAAAAGGCAGAAGAAACAUUUAUGAAACGAAAUUCCAAUCAUCGACAUGCCACAAGAGUUAUUGCAGCAACUCAUCAUCAUUUCAAAAUGGUUAAGGGUCUUUCAAAUGUAAGAGGUGAUUUAAAGCAUAACGUUUCUAUGGGUAUAUUGAUUAUUACUACAAUUUUAAUUCUUUUUUGUUCAAUUGUUAGAACCAUUGUUGUUUUUCAAGCUAGAGAACAUGGAGAUUCCAGUGUUGCAGAAAGUCCAUGGUUUGGAUAUGUUUGCUGGGGGAUAUUUGAAAGUUUUAUCAGUAUUAUUUACAUUAUUGGUAGAGUUGAUCUUAGAUUUUAUCGUCCGGAUAUUUUGCCUGCCAAGGUCAGAGCCAUCAUUACUGCUCAACAAUCAUAUUAUCCAUCCGACUUUGAAGAUGAAGAAAAUAAACCAUAUAAAUUUGAAACAUAUCCACAACAACAGCAACAACCUAUUGAAUUUGUCGAAACACAUCCAAAGAAACAUCCUUAUGGUUUACGAGUGGUCAAUUUCGAGGAACAAAACGAGAAAGAACUGCUGGGUGAUAGUUUUGAAGAUAUUGAUUCAAAAGAAUGGGAUUUUGUGGAUCCAAAGGUGGAUUCAAAUAGUAAUAGUCCGAUUCAUUGGGAUCAAGAAAAGAGUACUGUGAAACUGAAUGAAAUGAUGACACACAGUAGUAGCCGAAAUGUUAAACAAUAUGUAGAAGAUCCCGAUGAAUACGAAUUUAAAUUUUGA